AUGCAAAUUAUUACGUCCGUCGUGUCCUUGAUGUUUAUAUUGGACAUAUCCAUAUCGGCUGUCCGAAUUGGUUCGUUCAACCUACAUCAAUAUGGUAGUAAGAAGGCAGCUAAUGUCACACUGACAGACACUGUUGCAAAGAUCAUAAAUGAUUUCGAUAUUGCUGUGAUCCAAGAAAUUACUGAUGUUAAUAUCAAAGCUCCGUAUGUUUUAUUUGAUGCGUUAAAUAGAGUUUCGAAAACGAAACCAUACACGAUGACAUUGAGUGAACGUGUUGGACGAUCAUCAUCAAAGGAACAAUUUAUAUUUUUCAAUCGUGAAUCAACAUCAGGUGUAAAGUUAAUCAACUAUUAUUUAUAUGAAGAUGCAGAAGAUUAUUUCGAACGACCACCUUUUAUUGGAACAUUUGAAGUGACGAGCAAAGGUUCGUCGGGUGUAAAAUAUUUUACAAUAAUGGAUGUUCAUUUACGACCAGAUUCAGCUUAUCAAGAACUAAUUGACAUGCGUCGUGUCAUACGAGAUUUUAUUAUUAAAUAUCCUCGUUAUUUUACUGAUGCAUCGACGUCAUUGUCGCAAGCAUUAGCACAAAAUGUCAUCGAUGCGACGGACAGUAAGAAACCAAGUUUGAAAAGUAAUCAUCCAAUUCUGAUCAUUGGCGACUUCAAUGCUGAUUGCUCAUACAUUUCUGCUAAGCGUCAAGAAACACUUCGGUCAAUUAAUUUUGUUGAUUUUACUUGGAUGAUCAACAAUGAAGUGAAAACUAAUACACGACGAACAUGUACAUACGAUCGCAUUUUCAUCAAUGGAGAUAACUUCGUCAAAGCUAUCGUAUCACGGAGUAAUACAACAGUUGAUUUUCAGUCUCGAUUUGGCAUGACAUUAGACCAAGCACUUGAGAUUAGUGAUCACUUUCCGGUUAAAUUCGAUAUCAAAUGGUAA